CAGCCGCGAUGGUGGCGGCGUGAGGCGGCGGGGCCGGCGGCUGUUCCUGCCCUCCGCGCGGCCCGGGCCGGGCAUGGAAGUGGAGAAGAUGGAUGAGAAUGAAUGGAAGUACCACGGGGAAGGCAACCAGAGCCUCGUCGUCUCACACUGCCAGCGCUGUGUGGUGCUGCGGUUCCUGAAGUCCCCCCCCAACCAGACUAAGACUUCACAGGAAAUACUACACCAUCUGCAAAACAUCGUAGACUUUGGAAAACAUGUGAUGAAACAGUUCUUUGGGGAGAACUACGUUCACCACGGGGAAAUUAUUCAACUGCCUUUAGACUUCGUAAGACAGCUCUGUUUGAAAAUCCAGCCAGAGAGGCCAGAGUGUCGCUGUGACAAGGACAUGGACACCCGGAGCGGGUUCGCGAUGUGCCUUCCCAACCUGACGCGGCCGCAGAGCUACCGCCUGGCCGAGCACCGGCCCCUGCUCUGCAUCGAGAUCAAGCCAAAGUGUGGCUUCAUUCCUUUCUCCAGCCAUGUUUCACAGGAGAUAAAGCACAAGGUGUGUCGUUACUGUAUGCAUCAGCAUCUAAAGGUAGCAAAUGGAAAAUGGAAGCGACCCAGUAAAUAUUGCCCGUUGGAUCUCUUCUCAGGAAACAAACAGAGAAUGCACUUUGCUUUGAAGAGCUUAUUACAGGAGGCACAGAACAACUUGAAAAUAUUUAAGAAUGGUGAACUAAUUUAUGGCUGUAAGGAUGACCAGGACUGUGUCUCUGACUGGAACGAACUCGCUCGUCACUUAAAACCUUUCUUUUUCCCCUCCAACGGGCUGGUGAGUGGCCCCCACUGCACAAGGACAAUUGUUAAAGAACUGAUCCAGGUGAUAACCAUGACGCUACUGAGUAGCACCGACACCUGCAGGGCAGGUGACAUGAAGACAGUGCCCGUUUCACAAGGACGAAGCUACUGUGAAGCAAGUGCUUUCAACAAGGAGCUGGUUAGGAAUGGUAAACACAAAUUGGAAAGCUCUGGCUUACCGAGGGGUUGUCUCCUUUAUAAAACCCUUCAGGCUCAGAUGCUUGACAUGCUGGAUAUUGAAGGACUCUAUCCUUUGUACAGUAGAGUUGAACAGUACUUGGAGGAAUUUCCUGAAGAGAGAAGUACAUUACAGAUAGAUGGACCUUACAAUGAGGCGUUUUACGAGAAGCUGCUGGAUCUUUCCACGGAGGAUGACGGGACGGUGGCGUUCGCCUUAACAAAGGUGCAGCAGUACAGAAUAGCCAUGACUGCUAAAGACUGCUCCAUCAUGAUUGCCCUUUCCCCCUGUCUGCAGGAUGAAUGCUCUGAGCAAAGAUCUGUGGUACUGGCAUCCAAAUCCAGAUUCACCUUUUCUGUCUCUGUGCUGGACCUGGACCUGAAGCCCUAUGAGAGCAUUCCCCACCAGUACAAACUGGAUGGGGAGAUAGUCAACUAUUACCUGAAGAAUGUACAGGCCAAAGAUGACCCUGUUAUGUCCAACCUCUUCAAGGAGAAUGAAGACUGCACAUUAGUUCUCCAUAAAGUGUAACCAUUUCCUUGAGGUUAUUUUUAUUCAAACACAUUAGAAAGUGAAAGAGUAAUGGAAUACAGUUAUGGUGAUUUUUUUUUUCUUUUCUAUUGUGUUCAGUGCAUUUUUCAGCUGUGAAUGUUUUUGCUUUAUGAAAUGAUUUCUAAUGGGUGAUGCCUUCUCAGAGCCCUGAGAUAGCAUUUGCUUAAUGAAUGUAUUUAAUGUGACAGAACAGGUAAUGUGCCAUACCUUGGAACUAGAGGACAGAGCAAAUUAAUACAAAAAGUCUACUUAGAAUUGAAAGAGCACAGAAUGAAAGGUUUCCUGAAGUAUUGCACUAACAUAGAAAGCCUAAUUACUAACAAGAGAAUUGCCUUGGAGCCUGUGCUUUGAGUCUCACUCAUCCUUCCUAGAGGAGGGAAUGCUCUGGCAAAUCCUGAUAUAACAUUUUAGCAUUAAUCCACUGAAAAUACAACUGUGCAGUGGCUGAUCUGUGAAACUGCCCUGUCACUGCAGAACACUUAAGUACUAAAUGCAUGGAUUAGGAACACCAGGCUGCGUCCAGAAGUUUUGUGAUCAUCUUGUAUCUACCUAAAGCUUCUGAAACUAAGUGCAAAGGGUUAAGGUAAACACCUCUGAGUUUUAUGUCACAGCUGGGCUUAACUCUCCUGCCCUACUGGUUUUUAUUGUCCCUACAUGAUAUGCUGCUAUUGGAGGUGAAACCACAGCUCGCUCUCCCCUAAUUUAAACUGAGCUACAAGAAGAAUUUGUUCUGAGUUUUACAGAUCAUUUCAGGUCUUUCAGGUGGUGUCAGACAUUGGCAUUAUUACACUGAUGCCCCACAGCUGUGCAGCACGAGCAGCUGCUUUCAGGCUCCUUCAUUUUAAGUGACUGCAGAGAAAGGGUGACAGCAUCUCAUUUUCUGCCCUGAAGCUGCAGUGGGUCAGUCUUGUGACAAGCUGGGCUUGUAUCACUGCUGCAGGGAUUUUUGUGAUGGCUUUCCUUUGUAAGCAGUGCUACGUGCAGCUGCAGUCUGGUGAGUGGCUGCAGUAACGCCAUCCUUGGGGAAGAUCCCGAGCUGGAGACUGGGGAUAUAUCCAAAACUGAGGGUACUAUGAUAAAAUCUACAGCCCCUUUCCCCUCAGGGAUUGCACACCCUGAAGGGUGCAGAGAUGCUCCUCAGGCCACAGGCUGUUACCUGGAUCCAGCCUGUGCUCAGCAGUAAUGUUGUCCAGAGCUGUGUGGGUUCCCUGCUAAAAUCACAUUUAUAUCGGGGUCUCAGUGUAACGUUUGAAUUGUUCCACUUCACCUGAAAUUCAAAAGGCCAACUCAGGACUCCCUGUACAUUGGCACAACUCAAGGAGGAAAUGUGAAACACAGAGUGACACCACUCCCACAGUGACUG